AUUGACAUUUGGAUUUUGGAUUGGAAAGUUUUAGGUAGGUACCGUAGAAAUAGAAUUUUUCAUAUUUUCUUUCUACGAAUUGUUAGCAUAAUAUUGAUAAGAGUUCCUUUGAUAACAAUCGCAUCGAUUACUGUGAUUGUUAACACGCUAACUGCUGUAUGUGUUGAUUGUUGAAUCACGCUACGUCGACGCGGCGAAAAGUUUAUAAUUUUCCUUCAGUUUGUGUGAGACACUCGUUAAGAGCGGCUGCCUGUUUUUUAAGUUGCCUACAUAUUUACAGUAUCAACCAGCCAUGUCUCUACAAGAGCAAUUCGACAAGGCAGCUGCCAACGUUAAGAACCUGAAGACUCUGCCAAGUGAUGCGGACCUCCUGGAGCUGUACGCAUACUUCAAACAGGCCACAGUUGGAGACGCUGAUGCUGCCAACAAACCAGGCCUGUUCGACCUCAGAGGCAAGGCCAAGUUCGAAGCGUGGAGUGGCAAGAAGGGCGUGUCGAAGGAGGACGCACAGAAGGCAUACAUCGCGAAAGCUGACAGCCUCGUCGCUUCCAUUGGACUUCAAUAAAUACUACUUUAAGCUCACAAGAUAACACUACGAAAAUGUCCACACAUUAAUUACAUUACUAAACCUCUAUUGUAAAUUGUCAAGAUGUACUAACGUAAAACGAUUGUUGGUUACGCCAAUGUCAGUUACGACACUUGCUUUAAUUUGUUUAAGCGAGAUUUGCGUGUUAAAAAUACAAAUUCACGUGACGUUAUAACUUGGAGUAUACACGUAUCAAAAAUAAGUUGGCCACAUUUUAUUAUGGUAUAACAUAAUAAUUAAUUCAAAUAUAUACUUGUAUGUUGGUGCUGCAUGUUAAUAUUUGCACAAUUUUCGUAGAAAGAAAUCUAUAAUUCAUGAAUUUUUCUUUGAAGUAAACCAUCAAUUUUUUUUAUUUAAAAUUGACAUUUUCAUAGUGGUGUUAUCAAACAUAUUUAAGUUGUAAGUUUAAGUUAUUUUUCAAAGUUUUCUUAUAACUAUUGCAAUAAGAAGAAGAAAACAGUAUGCUUCCUACUAAACAUAACAGAUAAACGCAUAUUUAUUGUAUGUAAAUGUGAUUUACUACAUAAAAGAGUACUACAUAAAAGAGAAAUUUCGUUGUGACAACGUCUGUAAUUUUGUUAAAGAAUAUUUUUUUUUCAAAUGUUUAUUAAACAAAUGUUAUGACCACAGAUGCAUAAUAUUGAGUAAGUCAAAAAUUAUAAUAAUUUAUGUAUCUUGUGUUAUUUACUGAAUAUGUGGAAUGUUACUAAAUGGGAUAGCUAACACAUUGGUUAGUAAUUUAUAGCAUCAAAAUUGAUACUACGUAAUCAGUUCUAGCAAGAACUGGUGUCAAAAAUCGUUAUUACAAGAAAACAAUGAAUGUAAGGCAUUUAUAUUUUUAUUUGUGUGUACGGUAUAGGUUGGCUUAGGUUACUACUUCAUCACAAUUAGUAAUAUUACAGAAUAAAAGUGACCAACAUAAUAUAUACAUACAACACAACAUAUAUAAUACUACUUGCAACGUAACAUGAAUUAUGAUGUUUUUCGUGACAAUUAUCAGUGGCGUAACUAUGUUUAUCAUCUAAACGAAUUAAUUGUGAGGGCCUCUUAAAAAUAUUCUUGAGUUCACGGCCUCGCGGGCGGGCCCUUUGAGCCGUGGGCCCGUGUCAUUUUGCCAACCCUGACACUAGUUACGCCAAUGACUGUAGGUCAAAUAUUUUUAAAAAUUGUACUAACAUUUUCUUCCUGGGCCCGUGUCAUUUUGCCAACCCUGACACUAGUUACGCCAACGACUGUAGAUCAAAUAUUUUUAAAAAUUGUACUAACAUGUGCUUCCGUAACAUUUGAAAUAUUAUCGUAAGUAUAACUUUUUUUUUGGUCACCGUCUGGUCACUUUUGUUCAGUAAAAUAAAUAAAAAUAAAUGGUG